AUGAAACCCACCACUAACGACGAACAACGAAAUCGAAGCCUACGUUUACCAACCAGCAAACGAAUGAUGACACUCGUAAACGAUGACUCCAACAAACGACGAUGGCAACGAAGACAAGAUACCCGAUGUAAUAAAGAAAAAAAAGG